ACUCACUCCACUGUUUAAUGAUGUUCCGUUAUUAUUAACUAAUGUUUACUAUAGAUUUUAGAUAGAAGGUUGUUCAGAGAGAUAAAAGAUCUCGCGAAAAAAGAUCUCGUAGCGUUAUUGUCAGUGGAGAAAGAGGAUUGCAUUACACAUUCAACCUUCGGGAAUAAUUCCCAGUUUGAGGAAGAAGCUGAAUUGGCAUCGAAUCCUUCGAUACGGCACACAGCUCCACUUUUGCAGGUGAAUUCUCAUAACAAGACAUUUUUCAGGCAAUCAAAGUGAUAGACCAAGAAAGAAAUAAUAAAGGACUUGCAAAAGAUUAAGUCAACAACAGAACAAUAUAUCACAACACAAAAAUAUAUCGGAACAAUAAUUAGCUUCCAUAAAUUUGCAACAUAAAGUUAAUUUAUAAUCAUGUCGACUGAAGCGUUUUCUGGCAAAGUUUUUUUACUGAUAACCGGUGCAAGCCGUGGUAUUGGUCGGCAAAUUGCGAUAACAUUUGGUUCGCUCUUAGAGGAAGGUUCUCGUAUGCUUUUAUUAGCGAGAGAUAAAAAUGCGUUGGAAGAAGUUGCUAAAAUUAUCCCUCCCAAAAUAAAAGUUUGUACCAUUAAUGCAGAUUUGUGUAAAGCAACUAAAACCGACUUUGAAAGAUUCAUAUCGGAAUGUUUGUGCGGUACUCCUUGCAAUGCAUUCGAUCAAUUGAUUGUAAUGCAUAAUGUAGGAUCGCUAGGUAAUAUCACUCAUACUACGAACAAGAUGCUAGAUAUCGACACUUGGAGACAACAUUACGAUCUGAAUUUGUUCAUACCUGCCAUAUUAAAUGCGGUGAUCAUGAAUAUAUUUGAUGAUAAAACUAUCAAGAAGACAAUUAUUAACAUUACUUCUUUAUUUGGUAUUCAAGCAAUAAAAGGCUUUGCUUACUAUUGCACGGUAAAAGCAGCACGGGAAAUGUAUUUUAAGGUGUUUGCUCUAGAAAAUCCCAAUGUUAAUAUGUUAAGUUACUCACCAGGACCCGUCGACACAAAUAUGUUUAAUUUCUUAUGCGAAUUUGCUGUUGAUCCCGAAACUAAGAAGAGAUUCUUAGAUGAAAAGCAAAAAAUUAUGUUGACUCCAGAGCAAACUGUCAAUCGUCUUGUACACAUUUUGGAAAAACAUAAAUAUAAAUCGGGUGAUCGUAUAAGUUAUUAUGAUAAUAUGUGAAGGAGAAAUAACGAGAUUACGAAGAUAAGAAACAAAGAAAAUGAAAUAUAAUAUG